AUGCCCCCUGUGGUUCCCAGUAGCCAUCCUUCUGAUGACCAUCUGCACCAAUAUCCUGGAUUCAGGGAUACCCCUGCAUGGGCAGCCUCUACUGGCGAAUACCGAAUACUUGCACGUCCCCACGCCAAAGGCAAUGGAGUACCUAUUAAGCAAGCUCCCCCAGAUCGGCAAGGAGCUAGGUGCGAUAAUCAGGCACCGGCCGGUGUAACAGAGAGCUUCAGUGGCCACCAAGAUGCAGGUACCGCCAAGCACGCGAGUGACAUGGCGCCCAUAGGUGCUCAAAGCGAAGCACAUGCUGCAGGUACUCCGUACUCGACGCCUCAGUCUUCACGGCCGUCUCCAGCUAGCCCCUGGACUAGGUUGCUUUGGCUCCGGCUAGGACGUGGGAGCACGGACCCUGGAUUGAAGGCUGCGCAAGUUCGCACUAAGGAGAACUCGAGAGCUUCGUAUAACUAA